CCCCCUCUGGUUUAUAACGUCGUCCACGUGAAGUCAGAGAGGCUCUGGCUCCUUCUCUCACCAGUGGAUUAGUCGCAGCCCAGGGUCAUGCUGCUUCGCCCCUUCUCCACAGUUCCCUGGAGGUAAAAGAACUCUGGCUCCAGGCCCUCCAAGGGCAGAGCCACAGCCCCAGGAACUCAGUGCAUCCCUGGACAGUCAGCCCAGCCCCUGAUGAGGGUGACAAGCAACCGCAAUGCUUCGAAAACACUAAAUGCUGAUAAUAUGGAGACAUUUAUCGAGUGCCAGUCAGAGGGUGAUAUCAAGGAACUUCCUCAGUUGGCAUCAUGUGAGAGUGAAGACAGUAUCUGCCAGCUAAUUGAAAUCAAGAAGAGAAAGAAGGUGUUGCCCUGGCCUUUUCUCCCGAGAAGGCUUUCCUCUUCAUCAGAUUUUCCCGGGACUUUGGAGCCAGGAUUGAAAGCUUCCCUGUUUGACCAACCCUUGUCCACUAUCUGUGGUGAGGAUGGUACGCUCCCCAGACCCAUUCAGGAUAUCCUUACUAUUCUAUGCAUGAAAGGCCCUUCGACUGAAGGAAUAUUCCGGAAAGCAGCCAAUGAGAAAGCCCGAAAAGAGCUUAAGGAAGAGCUCAACUCAGGAGGCAUGGUGGACCUGGAAAGCCGCCCCGUGCACCUUCUGGCUGUGGUUUUUAAGGCCAAGCAGUACUGCUUCCUCCCACAGGACUUCCUCCGGAGCAUCCCACUGAAGCUGCUGUCCAGCGAACUGUUUGAGGAGUGGAUGGGUGCCUUGGACAAGCAGAGUGAGGAGGACAGAAUCGAUGCCCUCAAACAGGUGGCAGAUAAACUCCCUCCGCCAAAUCUCAUGCUGCUGAAGCACUUGGUCUACGUGCUCUACCUAAUCAGCAAGAACUCCGACACCAACAAGAUGGACUCGAGCAAUCUAGCCAUCUGCAUCGGACCUAACAUGCUGACCCUAGACAAUGACCGAAACCUGUCAUUCGAAGCCCAGAAAGACUUGAACAAUAAGGUUAAGACGCUGGUGGAAUUCCUCAUUGAUAAUUGCCUUGAGGUCUUUGGGGAGAACAUGCCCGCACCUUCUAGUGUCACUUCCGAUGACUCCCUGGAGCACACGGACAGUUCAGACAUGUCAAUCCUGCUGAACGACUCCGCCUACGACAGCACAGACCCUGAUGUCGACAGCAACAGUGUCAGUUCUCAGAGCAGGCAGCCCCCGGGGCCCACCAAGAUGGCUGUCAGCGUGGACAAUAGGGGGCCACAGUACCCAUGUGAGUCAGGCCCGAAGCCCAUUGUCAGCGCUGUUGCCAGGCUGAAAGGCUCUCUCAGUCAACCAGACAGGAGGUAUUCAGAACCCAACAUGUCGUCCUCACAAGAGUACCUUGAGAACCGGAUAACAAGCCAAAAGCUAACCAAGAGUGAGGAUAAUUUCACCGUGCCCCAGGCAGGCUGUAGUUUUGAAAGCGAGGACACUGAAGACCCAUUUCCAGAGGAGGUUUUCCCUGCAGUAGAAGGCAAACCCAAAAGACCACUGGACUUGAGGGCAAAGAGUAUGACUCAGGGCCAGGUGUUCCCACGGGGACUGUUACCUAAGGCCUUCUCCAGUGGCUCCCUGGAUGGAUCCUCUGACAGCUCCCCCAUGGUUUCUCCUUCCAGUCCCAAAAGAAAUUUCUUCACCAGACACCCGUCCUUCAGCACAAAGACUGACAAAGGUAAGCUCAACAGAGAAAUAAAAAAGCACUCCUUGUCAUUCUCCUUUGCCUCUCACAAAAGAGUGCAGACCAAAACCACCAGCUGUGGGUCUGAGAAGUACAGAGACCAAGUGAAGAAGAGUUUUAAGAAAGAAAGCCAGCUUGCUGGCCGCAUCAUCCAGGAAAGCUGGUCUGAAACCCACAGCCAAACAGCUCUGGACUUCAGCUCAAGAGCCUAUACCUUCUCAGUUGAUGAUGUGUUUCAACAAGUGGAUCAGAGACUUCCUGGAAGUCCGCCAUCUUACGAAGAGGCUGUUCAGUGCCAGGCAUUCAAACUCACUGCCUAUGGGAGCCAAACAGUCCGAAGUAUGAGGGCAAGAAUGCUCAGUCAAGACUCCAUACCAUUGCCUCUCCUACCUUCUCACCAUGGUGGGGACUCAAGAAACACAUGCAGUGAAGAGCCACUAAGCGGGCACAGACUCUCUCCCGUGACUGAGGGUUGGAAACAGAGCAGGACUGUGUGUACUUCUGUGGAGACUAAAGAGGAAGUGACUGUGCCAGGGAGAUCUGCCCUUCAUCAACUGAGAACCAUGUCUGAGUCCAUACAAAAGAACAAGCAGGACUAUCUCAUAAGGCGAUGUAGUCAGCCAGUCUUUGACGCUGACCGAUUCCAGUAUGCUAGAGAGUCCUACAUUUAGGAAGGUAGACCAUCCAUCAUGACACGGCUUAUGGUAUUUCUGUAAAUAUGUGACUGUGUAAAGAACUGCUUGUAGAUUCUGUUUUUCAAAAACGUCAAGAAUAAGCUCCUUUUAGAAAAGUUGUGUGGAACCCUCCUCAGAGAGGAUAACUGUACAACAGCACUCAGCUAGAGUCUGCGUGUAUCCGAACUUGUGCAAUAUGUACCAAGUGUAUAAAAUGUGUUCUCUGCAAGGUGUCUAUGUGGACAUAAACAUGUAUAUAUAUUUGUUUGUGUACUUGAGGUCAACUGCAUUGCAGUCCUUGGCCUCUUGGGGCACUUUCUUAUUGUUUAGUGUUUUAAAAAUAACUUUUUCUUCUCUUUAUGUUGCCUCUAAUGUCACUGCCAAUUUUUACAUUUUCCAUAAACUCCAUUCAGGGAAAAAUGUUUAAAUCUCUGAUAGAAGUGGACUCUAAUAAGCAGCUUCCUGAGAACUAACCACCACAGUACAAGAAAGAAACAGACAGCAAGAAAUUAGAGUUUUUGUUUGAAGUCUUCAAUGGCAUGGCAAAUGCCGGUGAAAGAAAAGGCCAUAAUUAAAAUUAUGAAAAAUACUCAGAAAGGUCUUUUAAUCUUCAGAUUAAAUUUGGGUAGAUUAAUGAAAAUGCAUUACAUUACUGUUCACCCAUUUAUAGCACUUUGAGUUUCUUCGUAGUUGAAUGAUAGCCAGUAGUGUGAAGGUAAACAUUAUAUAUGCAUUGAGGGUCAAGUAGAACUUCAAUGUAAUUUCACUACAAUAAAUCGCCUUCUUUAUUUGAAA